AUGGGGCUAUUCGGGACUGGGGACGCUUUUUCUGCAGGGGCAAUUGCUCAACCGACAGGUAUAACUCUGAGCUCUGGCCAGUGGGCCAAAGCCACUUCACAUACUGCGUGGGGUGUAUUUUCGAAUCAAACAUUCACUGACUUACAUGCCCGCUCCUGUGCAUUUCAGGGGCAUCCCGGGCUUCCCAUAGCUGGUCGCGGUACGUACAAGACGGACGACGGUAGCUUAGAGAUACUCCCUCUCCCCAGCUAUUCAGAUGUCAGCUACGUAUUCACGAAUGAGCUGGCGGUAAUAGUUCAUGACAUGGUGCGGUUGUACUACUAUACUGGUGAGCCAGACGAUGGUUCUCCGCUAGCACCAAUGUCGAAUCGAAACCCAAGCCUUGAGAAAGCUGAAAAUAUCUUUCGGCGACUGCUUGCAUGGGCGGCAGGUCUGCCGCUUGCCUGCGUCAGAGGGGAUCAGAACUCUCCAGAGACAAUGUGCAUGCAUAUGCACUUUCAUGCAGCUGUCAUUGCAUUAUUUCAACCAUUUAUAUUUGUGCCAUUGCAGCGGCUGAAGUUCCGGUCAUUCGACACUCAAGGAUCCGCCCUCUGUGCGUUCAACUCCUCGGUUAACCAACUCAAGAGGCUGGUAAUCAAUUACCAGAGUACAUUUGAUCUCCUGGGAAAUCUGUUGGGCCCACUGGGCGGGACAAUGUCUCUUGCAAGCAGUCUUUGCCAGACUGGACCCUCGGUGGAACGAAAGGACGAUCAUGUACGACGACACUACUUUGCGGUCUGCAUCAAGGGCCUUCUUCGCAUCGUGAGCCGGUUUGAAGUUAUCAAAGUCUUUAUACAGGGACUACUGGCCCUGGCGCUUUCCACCCAAACGAUCACGAGACAAUACGCAGAGUCGGUGAUGGGCGAGGUGAAGCGAUCGGAAAAUCCGUCACUCUCGGCCAUGGCGGCAGAGCACCUCACUUCGAACGUGGUGGUAGACUACGAGCUUGCGCUGACGGACCGAUCGGCGGCUACUUGUGACCGGGUCGCGGCGACGCUUGGGGAUCUCAGCAGAUCAAAAAGAAUCGAGCCCACAGUCGACGCUGAUCAUGUUAUGGACGGCGAUAAGAUGGACAUGGUGUAA